UCUCCAAACAAAGGAGGGUUUGUUAAUUCCACCUCUGAGAAAAUCCCAAACAUUCCCCCGAAUAUUUCCAGAGACAGGGAUAAAGCAGAGAGUCGCGGAGAGACGUGGGCUCCCCCCCAGGGAAACUGCAUAGAGGAGUAGUGGCAAGGGCACAAACCAAAGAGCACAAAGUCCCAGCAACUGUGGGGAAAGGGAGUGGGAUAUCAAUGUGUUGGCCUGCUGCUGCCAAGGAAUUAGAAAGUGGUAGUUCUGCAACAGACAGCAGCUAGACGUCUGCUGGUUGUACGUCCCCAGAGCACACACACAGAGCAUAAGGUGGAACACAGGAGAGAGACGGGCCAGCACGCCAUAAGGGAAGAAAGGAAGGAGUAAGGGAGUGGGCAGUGUGAGUGGAAAGUUGGGGGGUGGGAAGUAGAAAAGAAGUGGAGAGUAAAGUGACAAGGAAAGGCACUGCAGGCAGGGGGGGCUGAAAGCCGAGCGCAAGAGGCUGUGUGAGGGAAGGGGAGGAGGGGUGCUGCUCUUUAGUAACCCCCCCCCCCCCUAACGGGUCCCCCAGUGGGAGCGGAGAGGAAAGCAGAGAGAAAGGGAGCGGAGAAGAUGCUCCAGGCACAGGCAGCAGCACGGAGCGCCCCUCACAGCCAGACAAGCCGCCUGACGCCGUGGCCUCCCCACAGCAAAGCAGGACAAGCACGGAGAGCUGCAUAGAAAUGUGACUUCUGCACAUCCGCAGCGAGACAUGACUCCCCAGUCUGUCGAGGAUUGCCUGCAGAGUGCCCUCUCCUCCUUGUACCCUCCGUUUGAGGUGACAGCCCCCACACUACUGUCUCAGGUCUUCUCUGUGUUGGAAAGGACAUAUAGAGAGGAUUCUCUGAGAUAUACACUGGAAUUCCUCAUCCCAGCGAAAAGGAUCUUGCAGAAUGUACAACACCAGGCCUGUUCACAAUACAGUGGAUUUCUCUUCUUUCAUGAAGGCUGGCCACUAUGCCUUGGGGAGAAGAUCUUGGUGCAGCUCUCAUCACUUCCAUGGCAUUUCUUAAAGCCUGGAGACUUUUACCUACAAGUGGUGCCGUACCUGGAAUGUUCCCCCCGCCUUGUACUGAAGUGUUUGUCUCAGGAUGGUAGUGGAGUACAAGAAAUUGUGGUCCCCGAGAGCUCCCAUUCCUUUCUCUUCUCUGCAGAAUGGCUCAACAGCAUUAAUAAAGACCGCUGUGCAGUUAGGCUGGAGAAUUGUCUUGCUGCAGUGGAGGAGAAAGUGAUUCGCUUGCCAUGGUCUGAAGUUAUAUAUCCAAGGUUCAUACAUAAAGGAGGGUAUAUUGUAGGUAGGAAAUGCCCUCCAGGGCCCCUUAUACCUCCCCUGGAGAGCCGGAGCCCUGGAGAUGGAGGUAUUACAAGUGGAGAUCUUGUAGACCCAAGUGUCAAUGCACAUCUCUCAUUGUACUGUGGUCAAGAUGAUAUAGAGGUUUGGGAAGAAGGAGCUGUUUCACCACUGAUGGAUUCUCUUGCCAGGUCUGUCAUUGAAUGCAUGGAAGGGGAGUAUGUUGAACUGAGUCCACCUCAAAAGGUAGUGGCUGAAAAACAAGAAAGUCAAAGAGACACAUGGGUUUCAAGAGCUAAGACAGCCCCCAGCAGGAAAGGUAAGAAAAAGGGAAACCAGGCUUGGCUUCAUCCCAGGAGACCAGCAAAAGUAGGAUCACUGAGCACCUUAAAAGGGAAAUCUCAAGAUAUUUGGAAAGAACAAUCUUGUAUAGGGGUUUCUCAAGACCAGAGAGAAUCACUAGGUGAGGAGCAAAGUUACUGGGAAGUUGAUACGACAAAAUGUUCUAAUGAGACUGAUUUGCUUGUAGAAUGGAGAAAGGGAGUGGAUAUUUUGCAAAGACAUGGUGAAAAUGGUUCUCAUUCUGAGAGACAGGUAUGGAUUACAUCAGACGCACAUGCAUGGGUCUCUCAGGAUUGUACAUUGGCCUGUGAGAAACAAAUCUCUGGAACAGAGAGAACUGCUUUUGAAAGCUGUCUUCAGGAAGAGGAGAUAUUAUCAAAGAUGCUUGAACAAUCUUCUCUCAAAAGAGAUACCUCUGAGGUAAGAGUGGAUUUGCCAUGCAUUGAAAACCCUGCAAACAUUUCUGCAGAUAGCCAAAGAGAAAUCUCAAGAGACAGCUUACAAAAUCCAGUUGAAGAGAACCAAAGUGAAACCUUACAGGCAAUCCAGAGAGACAUUUUAGACAAAUGUCAAUCUGACUGCCCGUUAGAUAACUCAAGGCUAUUUUUAACUGAAAAUAAGAAUCAAGUGGGAACACCUGAGGAAAUAUCUGUUUCCCAUGGCUUGUCAUUACCUAGAAGAGAGAGAACAUGGGCAGAUGGACAGGAGACCUCAAAGGAGCAGCUAGGAGAAGAAAGUCCGGCACCAUCUGAUGAAUUUAUAUUGAUUUCAGUAAAAGAAAAACAUUCUACCUGGGCUCAGAUUACUGAAACUCCUCAUAAAACAGGGAGGGGAAGAAGGAAAAAAAGGAACAAGAGGGGCAGAGGUCCUAUGAAGGCAGAAGUAAAGAAAGGUGCUCAAAAAACAGGACAAUCAAAAGUUGAUUUGAAGAAAGAGGGAACAGAAUCUGUCUAUAAAGCUGAUGAUAGAGAAGAAAAAAGAAACAGUGAGGAAAGACUAGACCAAAGUGAUCUGGAAACUGGUCCACCAAUUAUAAGCCAAGCAGAGGAUCUAUCUUGCCUAGAAUUAUGCACAGAACCAAACAUCUCACUUUCCCAGAUUCCUGUGCCACAAGGGAACCUCAUUGCUGAGUUUAAGUGCCUCUAUAAAGAUAUUAACUGGGAUGUACUAGAGUUGGGAAUCUUUUGCUUGACUGGUGGACAGGACAAAGAUAAGAGGGCUUUGGUAAUUACAUCUCCAGAGAAAUUAUCAUCAGCACAUAACCAGAAAGACCUGGUCCAUGCACUCUUAUAUCUGUACUCUUUGCUCAGGCCUGAGCUGCGAGAUUUGGGCAUGACUCUUAUGCUGGAUUUACGAGACAGCACGGGACCACCAGAUAUACUACUCCAAAUUUUACAGGAGAGCCAGGACUCUAUUCGUAGCUGUAUAAACCGUGUUCUUGUCAUCUGUGCUACAGAGAGUACCAAUCCAAUUCCCUGUGACAUACCCAACAUACAGGUGCUGGCGGUUUUACCCACAGAAUUGGCACAAUUUGUAGCACUAAAGGAGCUGCCUGAAAAGUUUGGAGGAGAGAGACCUUAUGUGCACAUGGACAGUAUGAACAUUCAGAGGUCUUUGGUCAAUCUGUACUCUUUGUGCUCAGAUGUCCUACAAUCUUUGGAGAGUGUGACACUAAGUCUGGAUGCCGAUAGCUCUCAGGAUAAUCAAAGUUUAAUAUUUCAACACCGUGAUGCCAUGAAAAGUGCCCUAACUGACGAAAGACUGCAGCGGCUGCAAAGGGAUGGAGGAACUCUAGUUGCAAGGUUGCAGAAAUCUCCCUAUCUAAGGCUUUGUGAUCCAGUGAUAUUUGACCUGUAUGAGAGAGUGGAUGAGGCACUGCAUCAGUUAGUUCAACUGUCUAACAAGAAACUACAGGAACUGGAAGCUAGAAUAUCGCCACAAGAUUACAGAGACCAGACUCUUGUGUUACGAUCAGCAGAGGAGAGUGAGUUUCCAGUGACAGAGCCAGAAAGUCGAAGGAUAGAAGUUGGUGUUAGAAUUCGGGGCUUAGAAGUUAGCAGUCGAGAGUUAGCUGACAGAACCUGCAGCCCGCCAAGGGGUCAUGUACUCAGUAGAGGCGAUGGCAGAGGACCAGAUGCUCCAUGGGGUGGCAUUCCCAGGCCAGAAGGAAGAAGGUCCCCUCAGCGCUUGCUGCUAGAUCUCUUGUGCUCUGAGCGGAGUUAUGUGCAAUCAAUGCGCCGAUCUCUGGAGGUCAGAGGAUCAUGUCCUGCUGGUCUGGCGCUGAGAGGCAGCAUAGAGCAGCUUCUGAACUUUCACACUCGGUUUCUCCGGGACCUGCAGAACUGUGUAUCCCAGCCACUGACUGUCUCCUAUUGCUUCCUGCAACAUGCAGAUCAGUUGCGGUUGUAUUCUCUGUAUGUAAAAAACAGACAAAAGGUAGAAUUGUUUCUUCCAUCUCCAAGCGGGAGCUUAAAGGGCAGGCGCAGGGACCAAAAGGAGGAGGAUGACUCAAGAAUAAUAUUGCAGAGACCACUGGAGCAGCUGGAUCAAUACCAACGUUUCUUGGGAGACAUGAUGCAAGAGUGUGACCAGGAGAAUGAGCAGGAGCGCCAGUCCCUGCAUACAGCUCGGGAACUUGUUAGCUCCUUGGUGCCUUAUGGGAAAAACCUAUUGGCUGUUGAAGCAAUCCGUGGGUUUGAGGUGGAUGAGAAAGAACAUGGUCGCCUCCUACUCAAAGAUGUUUUUACCGUAAUAUCAGGGAGGAAGAAAUCUCUACGACAUGUAUUCCUCUUCCAAAAACUUCUGCUUUUAAGCAAACUCAAGACAGCAGAGGGAGGUUUGGAGAACUAUGGUUACAAGCAGUCUUUUAAGACAGCUGACAUGGGUCUUACAGAGAGUGCUACAGAAGCAGACUUCCGACUAGAGCUCUGGUUUCGAAGGCAAAAAUCCAGGGAGACAUUAGUAUUACAAGCAGAGAGUGCAGGAGUGAAGGAAAACUGGACUAAUGAGAUCACCAAACUGCUCUGGGACCAGGGAGGCCUAAGCAAAGAGCAAAGAAGCCCAGAUACGUCCACAAUUGGUUCCAGUCACCGCUCUUUUCUUGACAUUAAAGCUGGCUUCAGUGCAAUAAGUGAAAGGACUGUCAGUGCCUUGCUGACAGCCAGAGGUUCUCGUACUCGGUCAUCAGUAGCUCUUUCUUCUUUGGAGCACAGCCCAGCCCCUUCAUCUCUUUGCCUUGCCCUAACCCCAGGACCAAGCCCAAGGAGACUGCGUUCUCCAGGGGGGGUAUAUAUGGCAGACAAAAUCAAUGAGGAAGACACUUUCCUAGGUGGGCCAGUGUGUUUGAAAUCAGUUUCACCAAUUACUGAGGGAGAAAAGCCUAAGGGUUUACCAAAUGAAGACAUCUUUCCUUCCACCUCCGUCUAAGACAAGCAAACAUGAAGCCCUGGCAGAUGGAAAUGUGCUGUUAUGGUGCUGAAACCACUAAAUCAGAAUGAAAGCAAAAGUACAAGCACAUGUGGAAAGCUUCUCAAUGACCUCAAGAGAUAAUGGUGCUAACACAAAACCAACAAUCCCAAAUAUAGUAAGCCAUUCAGUAAAAUACAUUUAAAAGCCAUUCCACAUUACUCACAAUCAGGCUGAAUUGCUAUCAGUAAAAUAAUAAAGAAUCAAUCAAUGUGCUUUCCAACAUUUGAUUAAAAUGGAAGGAGAAGCGAUCAGAAGAUUCAACUGCAACAUUUGACUUAUCUCUUAUGAAUAACGUCUUGGAGAGUACAUUCAAACUUAAAAACAUCUUCUGUCAGUAGGAGAAGGUAGCAUUGUACUGUAUAACACGCUGGGACUGUAAUCAUUUGUUUUUUUUUGUUUUUUUUACUGCUAUGAGAAUCUCUGUGAGAUCAAGUAAAUGGGUUACAAGCCAUUUGCACAUCAGUAUGCCAGUAUUAACCAGUGAGCAUAUAUACAAAAGCAUGUGCCCAGCCGCUGAUACUGAGAAAUACCAAGAAAGAGGCUCAUCCAUUUAUUAUACAUGCUGGUGUCAUUACACCCUAAAAAGAGCUGCCAAAGAAGGCAAAGAGCCUAACAUUGCUUCUAAUGACAUUUCUGCACCUGACUGUAUGUAACAGCACAAGGAUCAACUUCAACAGCAGCAAGUUAACUAUAUCCUGAAAUGCAGCUACUGUAAAUAUGUGUAACCCUUUUUAUAAUCUUUUUUUUUGCUGAUUAAUUGCAGUUAAUCUUUUUGGCAAUAUAAAUAAUGGGCCUUUAGUGUUCUUAUUAAUAGUUAAUAUACCUUGGGUACUUACAUGCUGGAAAUAGCCUUGAAUAUUCAGGAAUGCAAGACCUUAUAUAAGGAAUCUUUAUAUCUUGGCAUGAGCUGCACAUUAGCUGUUUAAAGACAUUCAGUUAAGAAGUAUAUAUAUGGGACUUUUGUCAUAAAUGAAGCAAAAUGCAUAGAUGGAAGGCAUAAAUCUAACAUUUACAGAACUGAAGUAAAUCUAGGAAAUAGCCCCAGUUUGGAGGACUAACAGGAUCAUUGACAGAUGCCAUUACAUUAUAAGAAUCACUGAGUGCUGUCUAAUUUGUAGUGAUGUUGAUGUAGAUCAGGGGGUUAGGGUUGAAAUUUGGGUGACCAUUCAGGGUUUGGGUUGGGUAUGGGUCAAAAGUUUCCCUGUCUUAGAACUAGAAGCACAUGCAGUAGUAAUAUACAGAAUGGUGCAAGUCCUAAUAUGACAACAUUGUGGUGGUUAGGGUCUGGUGCAAGUUAAGGUUUUGUGGGUUAGGGUCGGUUUUUCCUGACCCACACAUCACUAAUCCUUUGUUUGCUAUAUUCAGCAUGGUUUACAAUAUUAGGAGCUAUAGUUUUGUAACAGUUGGAUAACCAAAUGAUGACUAUGGCUUGAUCUAACCAAUGAAAUGGAAGUGUCACGUGUGAGCUACCAUACCCACUUUAUUUGGCUUAAAAAAAUUUAAAAGAAAUAUCACAUAUUACAUAAGGGAAGGGAUUUUUAGAAAGGUUAGCUAUGUUCUUAAUUUUAUUAUGGUACAAUUACUCAUAUUAUGCACUUUUUACAUUGCCCUUCCUUUAAAGGGCAAUCCUACAAAGUAAAUCCCACAAAAAACCCACAAGGUUUAUGAAAUGUCAUCUUGUUGGAUUGCUCUAUGAGCAAUAAUGAUCUAACCUCCCAAAUAUGCCCAGCAUACAUUUACCUUCUGCCUAUUCCCAGCUAACAUUGUGCACAUGACAAGUACAGAGAUUGGAAUUCACUCAGUGCAGCUUUAAUCCUAUGGUUUAUGUGCUGAGCAUGUACUGACCCGCUAUAAUCAGUGACGAAGUUGUACAAACAAGAAUCAGCAUGGAGGCACAGAGGGCAAAGCCAGAAAGCCAGAACUUGUGUCUUAUAACUAUACUCCCAAUGAGGUUAUACAGCAGGAUUAUAUAUACAGUAUGACUUUGCUUUGUGUGUGGUUUCUUUGCCCUUUGCCAUGAUUAGCAAACUACGUGCUGCCUCAAGUAUAUUUCACAUGAUGAAGAAUGUCUGUUACAUACAGUAACUAUACAUAUGCCUUUUGUGUGGCUUUCUAAAGACAAUUAACAAGCUGUAUAUGAUAAGCCAGAAUGGGCUUGGCUUCUAUCAUACCAUCCAAUAGCAGGGAGCUUUUACUUUUUGUUUAGUGUCACCACUAUUCAAAACAGUCAGAGAUCUUGCUUAUUAGGGAGCAACAUAGUGCCAUUUGCACGCAAGGAUGAAUAUUGCCAUUACUUUUUCGUCUAGUUGGCAUAACAGCAUGCCUGUGUGUAGGCGCAAAACAAGAUAAUUGGCUGAUUGGAGUCAGUUUAGGACUGAUUGGAAUUUAAUGAGGUAUUGUAGCAAUCACCAGGAUGAAUACUAAGCACCAUACUGAAAUAUAAGAAAUGUUUUUUUGACAAAUGUGUCAGAAUGUGUUUGAGUAGUCGAACCCCAUUCUGUUCUGUGAGUUGUUAGAGGUCAGUGGCAGUGCUGAGCUCUAACACCCCUCACAAUUUUUAAAUUAAACCAAUUAAGAUUAACGAUUUAAACAAACUGUUUUCUGUCCUGUAAUGAAUUGUUGCCUCGAGGAAAAGGGCUUUGCACAAAAGUGGGCAGCCUAGAAGGAAAUGCUGGGCUCACUACAUGUAGGUAUCAGCAGGCAAUAUAUCCUUUCAUUAGGUAUACUGCUGCAAGACUGGACUGAUGUAUUUAAGGGCACAAAUGUGCUACUUUGGUGAUUGGGUAUAACAGCCAGAUUCACAUUGUGAUCAACUCUGUGUAGAGAUCCACCUGUUGCACACUUUAUAGUUAUAGCUUUCUGUCAGCUUCUACUUGGAUCCAACUUCUGAUAUCUCUUCAGUGAGUAAAAUAAUGCUCUGAAAUAUUAUGGUACUUGUCCAGUCAUUAACUUGACUCCGUUGUAUUGCUAGGUAUGUAGGGCACAGUAUUGCCCCUGUUAUCAUCUCUAUGUUACUCCAUGGUACAUUUCUGCCUCAGUUUAUUAUGUUACACAGUUGUAAUAUCUAUUCUUGACUAUGUUUUCUAUGGAAAUCUCUAUUAUUUCUGUACACAACAAUCAAGUGUCACUGUUAUUGGCUACCUUAGUAGAACAAUUAUUCAUGUAGUGAUGCCAUUGAUAAAGAAAAGCACUUAUUUUAUGAGACUAAAAAGUUAUGGUACAAUUUAUUCGUCCAUUUCUACCACCAUGUAUAUGCAUUUAUUGCUGGAAUCUGCCCCUCAGAUGUUUAUUUACUUUCUGGCAUAUCCUUUGUUUUCCACACUGGUCCUUGGCACAUAUUUUCAUAUUAAAUCUAUAUCUGAAAGUA